AUGAGUGGUGUGCGAAUAGACGGUGGAGCGAGAGCUUAUAUCAACAGAAUCAUAAACAACUGCUCUGCUAAAACCACUUGUUGUCUUCUGACGUACAUUAGGGAUACGAACAGCGUGGUCUUCUCGGAGUUCUUCGAUGAUGGAGAUCUGGAGUGGGUUCUGUGUUCUUUGAACCAUUCGGCUGUACAGUAUCUAUUCUGCAGUGUGCAGGAUUCCUUAAAUACGGGUCUUGCGAAGAAAGUGCUCAUACAGUGGAUUGGUGAGUCGGCAGCUGAAUUCGUUAAGGCCACGGCAGUGCAACAGCUCCCAAUUAUUCUCAAUCAGCUGUCGCCCAUUCAUCUCACAGUAACAGCCAGGUGUGAAGAAGAUAUUGAUGAAAAUGAAAUCAAACGAGAGCUGUCAAAAUCGUCAUCACAGUACGGAGUGCACAAAGAAAAGGUCAAAAUUGAAGACAUUAGUGUGCCUUCCCCUGUAGGGACAAAUUACAAGAAGGCAGAUGCUUUGCGAGAUAUCAAAGGAUCAAACAGAGAUCAAUUUUGGGCACAGGAACAAAAAGAAAGUGAAAGAGAACGACAGCUGAAGUAUACACAGCAGCGCGAAGCUAACAAAGUGAAUGCUACUCCAUCCAGAAUUGAAUGGACGCCAAGUGCCAACAUAUCCAGCCACUCUCAAAAUGUCUUAGACAGAAGAAAGGAGCUAGAAGCUUUACAACACGCGAGAGUCGAUUUUCAGAUUCAUGGGUCUGCGCAGCAAAUGCGAUAUACCCCGCCUAGGCAACUAGAACGACAGCAACCAGAAAGAGAGCAACAACCGAAAUAUAAUCAGAAUCAAGAAGCUCGGAAGUUGAACGCAGUUACGCCAUCGAAAAUCGAAAGUUCACCAAACGUUAUCACAUCUAGUCACUCACAAAGUGUCCUUGAAAGGAAGAAAGAGUUGGAAGCUCUGAGGAACGCGCGAGUGGACUUCCAAAAAAAUGAACCUGAACAGCGCAUGAAAAGGUUCAACGUGCCACUGCAGGAGCGCGAAGCGCAAAAGGUGAAUUUCAGUCCGGCCAAAUAUGGAGGGCAACCAAGUUCUAUCACAUCCAGUCACUCGCAAAGUGUUCUCGAAAGAAAAAAGGAACUAGAAGCGUUGAAACAUGCUCGGGUAGACUUCCAAAGAAACGAUUCUGCCCAAGUUGAAAUUAAUUCUGGAUCACGAGAACGAGCUAACCGGGACAAUGAUUUGCAACAAAUUCGGGAAAGAUUGCAACACCAAAAUAUAUGGGAUAAUAAUGCGAAUGUAAUGCAAAGCGACGACGUUAGUCGGCAAUCAAAAGUAAAAGAAGCACAGAUGCUGAUUAGAAGCCAAUCUUCCGAAGCUAAAAAUAUGUGGCUAGACCGGGAGAGAACAGCAAGCCAGAGUCUGGCUAGUCCAGUAAAGGUUAAGACGCCGUCAUCGAAACCGUUCACGUUCCAGCAGAACACUUUUCAUGACACUCCUGGUGAUUCGAAUGAGGAGUCGGUAUACAGCUAUUCUCAGCCGCAUGUCUCUCCAGCUGACAUUUACUCGGGAUAUAGUUAUGACAACCAAGUUAGAGAUGAUAACAUGGCGAAUAGUUAUAACCAGUCGAGCAAUGAUUAUGGUUAUGCUACACCUGAAGACAAUUACAGUUAUGGUUAUGGGAAUUAUCACGACGGUAAUGAUUAUGAACAAGUGGAGCAGUAUCCAUCUGAUAUGCCAUUGGCAACAAGUAUUCAGGCAAAAGCUCUUUAUGAUUAUGACGCAAUCGAUGACUCUGAGAUCACAAUUCGUAUUGAUGACGUAAUCACGUCAAUUGAGCAGAUCGACCCCGGAUGGUGGCGAGGAGUUUCGGCCACGGGGCAAAUUGGCUUGUUUCCGGCGAAUUACGUUGAGCUUAUUUGA